GCCGCACCGCGGAAGGAUCGCGCUUCCGAGCGAUAGAAUGAUUUUCAACUGAAUUACCACUCAGUGCAGUGAAUUUGUUUAGUAAUUUAAAACUAAGUGAAAAUGGCAAGGACAAUCGGGAUAGUGAGUUUGGUGGGUUUGCUGUGCAUUUUCGGCGGAGCUAGUGCCCAAACAGUCGAUGUAAUCUGCGCCGGCACCAGAUUCGCCGACCAGUGCCUCCAACUGCAGCGCGGCAAGUCCGAGGUAGUCUGCGUCACCGUUCAGGACAGCAUCGAGUGCGCCCAACGGAUCCGCAAUGGCACCGCCAACAUCGGAAUCUUCUCCGCCGAGAGUCUGGUUCACCUGGCGACACUGGGCUGGGAUGGGCUCGCCGUAGUCAAGGAACUACGUCACACGGACCGUACCCGUGAAACGGUCGACUUCCGUUCGGUGGUGGUCGUUCCGGCGUCGCACCAAGGCGGUUUGGACGGGUUGCGCGGGGCUCGCUUCUGCCAUCCGGGACUUCAGUAUGGUCGUCAGCAGCGGUGGAGUGAGCGGUUCCUGAAGCACUUUGAACGGUUGGUGGUUCCGGCUGAUUGUGGCGAGUUGACGAGUGCGGCCGAGAUUGAAACUGCGGCGUUGUCGAACUUUUUCGCGUCGGCUUGCCGUCCGGGCAAGUGGUCGAACGUGCCGCAGGAGGACGCGGAGCUCAAGUCCAAAUAUCCGAAUCUCUGCGAGUUGUGUCAGAACAAGGACCAGUGCACGUACGACUCGCCGACCUUAUCGCAUCACCGAGCUGCUCUGCAGUGUCUACGUAAUGGUGGAAACGUUGCGUACGUAUCGCAACAGGACGCCCAGGAGUUCUUUGCGUUCAACAACGACAUCGUCAACGACUACGGUUUCCUCUGUCCGAACGGAACCAUCGAAGCGAUCAACGGAAACAACAGUCCGUGCUCCUGGUUGACCCAGCCCUGGCCCGUGGUCAUGGCCGCGGCCGGUCGUGCCAUUGAAGUCUCGUCCCGGAUUGACCGCUGGACGCGCGGCACCGGUGGAGAGUCCUGGGAACAAGCCAUCCAGGAAAUCAUCGGCCACGGCAGCCGCAAUGCCCUCUCGGUAGGCUCCAUCCAGCUUCCAGUAGAUUACCUCAGACCGUACCGCUCGCUGCCCAUCCCGUCCGAUCUGUGUCGAACGACGGCCCGCUGGUGUACGGCUUCGCCCGAGGAGAAGGACAAGUGCGACGUGCUGCGAACGGCCGCCUUGACCACGGGAAUCUUUCCGACCAUCGAAUGUCCAGUGGACACCACGAGCAGGAUGACCUGCAUGAACGAGAUCGCCAACAACCGGUCCGACUUUACCGGAAUCGAUUCCAACUUCGGAUACCUUGCGAGGCAUCCGUUCAACCUGACCGCGGCCAUGUUCCAGGAGACGGAAAAGGAAAAGUACUCGUCGGUGGUGGUGCUGGUCAAGGAUGAUAAUCGGUUUACGCGGUUUGAGAAUCUGAGAUCGUCCCGGGCCUGCAUGCCAGAGUUUGGUGGAAUUGCCUCCAUCGCCUUCAUCAACGUGGGCAAAGCGCGCGGAAUCUUCGACCGCAGCAACUGCAACUACGGCCAGCUGCUGGGCGAUUUUUUCGGCGCGUCGUGCGCUCCCGGCUCGCGGGACAGUCUGCACGAUCCGAUGGGCCACAACGCGGAAUCGCUGUGCACGCUGUGCCGCGUUCCGGACCCCAACCAGAACGUCCCGGUGCCACUUUCGGGCGAGGAGGAAGCGUUGAACGCCGAGUUGGAGGAGAUUCCGACGGAGGUGGUCGAGGGCAAGAGCGACAUUGAGGGUACGAUUUCGCGGAACGUGGACUGUGCGGCGAACGUGAACAAUCCGUUUUAUGGAACGCGGGGUGCGUUGAACUGCUUGCGGCUGCAGGGAGAUGUGGCGAUUGUGGAGAGUCAGAACUUGGCGGAACAUGCGCAGGCACUGGGGAUGAACGCGAACGAGUACCGGAUCAUGUGCCGCAACGGAUCGCUGGCGGCCUACCCGGGCUUCCAGGUUGACGAUGAGUGUCUGCUGACGACCAUUGUCGAUGGGGAGAUUCUCGUACGGCGACACUCUUCCAAGACGGCGGGCAUCGUGAACGCGCUGAGUUCGUUGGACAUUUACCUGCAGAACGAUCCGGACUUUAAGAUGUACAACAUCUACGGCGGCGUCAAGAAUCUGCUGUUUGAGGACUCGGCGUUGGGACUGGUUUCGCCGCAGCACACCGAGCUUGGCCAAGCCGUCCAGAAUUACAUUCGGCUGUUUGAGAACAUCGAGGACUGCACAAACAGCGCCGGCGGAACCACCGUUGACGACGGAGACGGCGCGUCCAUGCUGACCAUCAACGCGUUCAUGACGUUCCUGUUCGUGAUGUACAACGUGCUCCGAGGUUGAGGGACACUUUCUUUCACUUUAGUUAAGACAUCCCCCGUCGUUUUUUCAUCCAGCAAACUGUAUUAACUGUGUAACUCAUACGAAACGUAACGAAGAAACAAAUAAAGUUCACGAGUUCAACAACUUGA